AUGUUUGGCAACUGGUUUACUGUUUUACUUGUGCUCAUUUGUGUGUUCGCCAACCCGUGCUUCUCUCUCCGUUUCCUGGGCGACAGAGAGACGUUUGCUAAAUUCCCUAAGUGGGAUGCUUGUAUCAACGCUUCCAUAGCUUUUGAAUUCAGAACCAGACAGAACGACGGCUUGCUUAUGUACACAGACGACAACGGCAAAUACGACUACCUCCAGCUUGCAGUGACAGAGGGAGCUAUACGUCUGUGGAUUAACUUUGUCCGAGAGAAAGAGCAGAGCGUGGAGAUUGAGUUGGGCAGGAACCUCAACGAUGGCAACUGGCACAGAGUGGAGGUCAAGAGAAACAGGAUGGAGACCACACUUCUGGUGGACAACAACCAGUCCAGCAAGGUUUCGUUUGGAUCAGACUUCAGCUUUGGAGACCGGUUGGAGACCAACAACUACAUGUACUUUGGAGGAGUUCCUGGCAACUACAGGCAGAACCUGGCCCGCCUCAACAUUCCCGCCAAUGUCCUCAACUCGCCAUUCCAAGGGGAGAUAAGAAACAUCCUGUACUUCAACUGUUCCUGCUUGCCCGUUAGGUAG